AUGGAGAACAUCUUCGCCAAGAUAGCACAAGAUACCACCAAGUUCGAUCUUGGAGAUGAAGAAGGCUGGAGAAAGCUAUACGAACCUUUAUAUCCCGAGGCACCGGACAAUGUCGGCGUAGUGAAGGACGAAUCGUACGGACCGGCCGAGCGUAACCGACUGGAUGUAUAUUUCCCUCUCGAGGAGAAGCCGGGAGGAUACCCAGUUGUGCUCUACGUUCACGGAGGUGGAUUUUUUUCUGGAGACAAAGGAUGGAGUGAGAAGCGUGGUUUUGUCACGGUUCUCGCAAAUCAUCAACUAGUCCCGCAUGUCGUCUACCCUGGAGGGGCCGAUGAUAUGCAGCUGGCUCGGGAAUGGAUUUCUGAGAAUAUUGCAAAGGAAAAGUAUGGGAGAGGAAUACCGGAGAAGGUCGUCCUUUUGGGUCACUCGUCCGGUGGAGCACAUAUUGCCAUGAAUCUAUACGCCGCAGGUGAUGAAUUCCUCGACAACUGUCACCUUCACUCAUUACUGACUCAAGAUAUAGGGGAUCCAAAACGGAAAACCAAUGUCCCACUAUUCCCCCCUGUUGCGGGAGUCAUUUACCUAAGUGUACCGUUCUGGUUUGACAGGAGAAAGCCUGUGCGACAGAGGGUCAUUCGCCAUUAUUGGGGGUCAGACGAGGAGGAGGUUUGGGGUUCUAUAUCGGAAGUGUCAAAUGGGAUUGAAAAGAGACGGCCGAUGCCACUGUGGCCUUCCUCAAUGCCUAUCGUGAACGGACCCAUGUCUUCCAUUGUCGGGUCUGAUGCCUCAACAGCAACGUCUUAUCCAUUGGAACUGCAGAUUCCGCACAGGCGGAAAGACUGUUGGAUUUCAUGCAGUCUUGUGUGGCAAAAGUCGAUCAACGAAUUCAGCAUGGGAAGGAGACCAGGCAUAGGGAAGCACCACGCUCUACCCGCCUCUGAAUAUUCAACAACAAGAAGUGAUAAGGACCGUAGUGAGAAUUAG